AUGGUGCUCUUGAAACCUUCUACCUUAUCAAAAUCCUCUAAGCUCCGCCCACAACAGGAGGGCUUCUCCGAGUCUCUAAUCGGCGACAGCGUUGAAGCAGCCGACGCUUUCAUACGCCAAUGGGUUUCUCCACAUCCCCACGACUCUUCUUCUUCUUCCUGCAGCAUCUCUUCGCUUUUCGCCGCCGACAACCGCGGAGAAGGCAGACGCUUCCUCGAUGCUCUCGGCAGGUUACAGUACGCGAUUCAGAGUGUGAUCUUGGUGAAUCCUGGCUCCGCUAAGCUUGCUCGAGCGCAGGAAUUGAUGCGGACAGCUAUGAAGCAUUUGCAGAAGGAGUUUUAUCGGGUUUUGAAAUCUAAUCGGCGAUUCUUGGAUCCUGAAUCCGUCUCCAGCUGGUCUUCGGGAUCUUCCGACUCCAUCACAACGACGAGAACAAGUGGAAGCCCUGAAGGAGAGCUUGAUUCUGAAUCUUCGACGGAAUUGGGUAGCGAGAGAGGAGGAGAUGCUGAAGCUAUUGUGGAUUUGAGGAUGAUAGCGAGUUGCAUGGUUUCCUCUGGUUACGACAAGGAUUGUGCUAAUAUUUAUAAGAAAUUCAGAAGAAAGAACAUCGUCGACGCUUUGUCUAAUCUAGGGUUCGAGAACUUACCUUCCGCGCAGAUGCAGAAACCGGAAUGGGAGAUUCUGGAAAAGAAGAUCAAAAGUUGGCUGCGGGUUGCCAGAGUAGCAAUCACUCUGUUCAACGGAGAACGAAUCCUCUGCGACCACAUUUUCUCCUCCUCCGUCUCCGUCGCCGAGUCUGCAUUCGUGGAGAUUACGCUACAGAGCGCGUUAAACCUCUUCGUCUUCCCGAUAACCGUGGCCAAAUGCAGAAAAACCGCAGAGAAAAUCUUCCCUACGCUUGACGUUUACCAGACCAUCUUGCACCUGAUUCCCAAAAUCGAGCAGAUCUUCAGCUACGAUGCAACCGCUUCCGUCCGAACGCAGGCGGCUGAAUCUCUGGAAAAACUCGGCGAAUCCGUGAAUUCUAUGAUGAUCGAAUUCCAAUCGUCGAUUACAAAAGAGUCCUCGAAAUCGCCGAUUCCUGGUGGCGGAGUCCAUCCGCUCACGAGGUACGUCAUGAACUUCAUCGUUUUCCUCGCAGACUACAGCGACUCGCUCACCGCCAUUCUCAAGGACAAGGAGUCCUCGCUGCCUUUACCGGAGGAUUACUUUAGCAGCGGCGGCGGCAGCAACAACGAAGAAAAUCCCGGGAAAAAUGGUUCUCCGAUGGCGGCGAGGCUCGCGUGGUUGAUACUCGUCUUGCUCUGCAAAAUUGACACCAAAUCUCGGCUCUACAGCGACGCGGCUCUGUCGUAUCUCUUCCUCGCCAACAGCCUCCGGUACAUCCUGAUCAAGGUCCGUACAUCGAACCUGAGGGUCGUGCUGGGAGACGAUUGGGUGGCAAAUCACGAGGUCAAGGUGAGUCAGUACCUCGAGAAGUACGAGAAGAUGGCGUGGGGAGAUGUGAUUACGUCACUCCCCAGAGAUUCAAUGGCGGAGGCGAAGGCUGAGGGGUCUCUGAGACGGUUCAACGAGGCGUUUGAGGAGGCCUUUAAGAAGCACAAGACUUGGGUCGUACCCGACCCGAAAUUGAGAGACGAAAUCAAAGCCUCCAUAACGAGAAAGCUCAUGCCCGGGUAUACGGGUUUCUACAAGAAGUAUCCGGUCGGGUCAUUCAAGAUUGUCAGAUUUACCCCUGAAGAUCUCAAUAGUCACAUAUCUGACCUGUAUAUUGGCUUGGGUUGA